AUGACUUUAACAAAGAUGGAAAUCGACCCCGUGAAGGGUGAAGGUUUCCGCCCGUACUACAUAACCAAGAUCGAAGAGCUACAACUCAUCGUCGCAGAAAAAUCGCAAAAUUUGCGCCGUCUACAAGCACAACGUAAUGAACUCAACGCAAAAGUAAGAAUGCUUCGUGAAGAAUUACAACUUCUUCAAGAACAAGGCUCAUACGUUGGAGAAGUGGUGAAACCUAUGGAUAAAAAGAAAGUUCUGGUUAAAGUUCAUCCAGAAGGUAAAUUUGUUGUCGAUUUGGAUAAAAAUGUUGACAUUAAUGAUGUUACUGCAAAUUGCAGAGUUGCACUCCGUAAUGAAAGCUAUACACUUCACAAAAUUCUUCCUAACAAAGUAGAUCCUUUAGUUUCCCUCAUGAUGGUAGAAAAGGUCCCCGAUUCCACUUAUGAAAUGGUUGGUGGCUUGGAUAAACAAAUAAAAGAAAUCAAAGAGGUUAUUGAACUUCCAGUGAAACAUCCAGAACUCUUUGAUGCAUUAGGUAUUGCUCAACCUAAAGGAGUACUUUUAUAUGGUCCACCUGGCACGGGAAAAACUCUUUUGGCUCGUGCAGUAGCACACCACACUGAAUGCACCUUUAUCCGUGUCUCUGGUUCAGAGCUGGUACAAAAAUUUAUUGGAGAAGGUAGUCGAAUGGUCAGAGAACUUUUUGUGAUGGCUAGAGAGCAUGCUCCUUCAAUUAUAUUCAUGGAUGAAAUUGAUUCCAUUGGCUCUUCUCGCAUUGAGUCUGGAAGUGGUGGAGAUUCAGAAGUACAAAGAACUAUGUUGGAAUUGCUAAAUCAACUUGAUGGUUUUGAAGCAACAAAGAACAUUAAAGUUAUAAUGGCAACCAAUAGGAUUGACAUCCUUGACCCUGCUUUGCUUAGACCAGGGCGUAUUGACAGGAAAAUUGAGUUCCCUCCACCAAAUGAGGAAGCUCGUUUGGAUAUCCUCAAAAUUCAUUCGAGGAAGAUGAACUUGACUAGAGGUAUAAAUCUGCGUAAGAUUGCUGAGCUAAUGCCCGGAGCUUCUGGUGCUGAGGUGAAAGGUGUGUGUACAGAGGCUGGCAUGUAUGCUCUACGUGAGCGUAGAGUCCAUGUGACACAGGAAGAUUUUGAGAUGGCUGUAGCUAAAGUCAUGCAGAAGGAUUCAGAGAAGAAUAUGUCUAUUAAAAAGCUAUGGAAGUAA